UGGACAGUAUGUUUGCUGACCUUUUGGCAACAUUAUUCUCAGCAGCUGGACCUGGAAAGUGGAAGAAAUGAAGCCCCACACGCACACGCACACUCACCGAGGCUUCAGUUUCAAAGCACCACUUCAUUUACACACCGCUCGCCGUAGUGUCUCUGUUCCACUCGAACACCGUCUCCGGCGACGAUUCUCGCCGGAAAACCAUGCUUUCAGCUGUAUUUCAACUAAAAGGAACCGGCACGUUGUUCUCGCCGCCGGUCGUCGUCAGAAUCCACCAGAAGAAGCGGAACAUGUCGACGGAGUUCAACGGAAUCCGAACACGAGAAGGAGAGAUGUUCUGGUCGCGCCGUUCCUGGCCACCGGUGCGUGUUUCCUUCGAUCGACGGUGGCGAGGGCGGCUGAGAAGGCGGCGGAGACUGCGGAGGCUCCUGUGACGACGGCGGCAAAUUCGGAGGCGAAGGUGGAGGAGAAGCAGGAGGAUGUGAUAAGUUCGAGGAUUUAUGAUGCGACGGUGAUCGGAGAGCCGAUGGCGGUGGGGAAGGAUAAGAGGAAGGUUUGGGAGAAGUUGAUGAAUGGUCGGAUUGUGUAUCUUGGCGAAGCCGAACAAGUUCCAAUUCGCGACGACAAGGAAUUGGAGCUUGAGAUUGUGAGGCAUUUGAGAAGAAGGUGUGUUGAAGCGGAGCGUCCAAUUUCGUUGGCUUUGGAAGCUUUUCCUUGCAAUCUACAAGAGCAACUGGACCAAUUCAUGGAUAAAAGGAUUAAUGGAGAAACCUUAAAGUCUUUUGCAUCGCAUUGGCCUCCUCAGCGCUGGCAGGAAUACGAGCCUCUCUUGAGUUAUUGUCGUGAUAAUGGAGUUCGUUUAGUUGCUUGUGGUACUCCACUUGAGGUCCUAAGGACUGUUCAAGCCGAAGGUAUUCAUGGCCUUUCUAAAGCUGAUCGUAAGAUAUAUGCUCCUCCAGCUGGUUCAGGCUUCAUCUCAGGCUUUACUUCUAUCCCUCGUAGAUCAUCAAUGGAUAUGAAUUCUCCAAAUCAGAAUGCUUCCUUUGGGCCAAGCUCAUAUCUCUCUGCACAAGCAAGGGUGGUUGAGGACUAUACUAUGUCCCAGAUCAUCUUAAGAGCAAUGGUAGAUGGCGGUGCCUCUGGUAUGCUCAUAGUGGUGACAGGUGCAAGCCAUGUAACAUAUGGAUCAAAAGGGACUGGACUACCAGCAAGAAUUUCAAGGAAAAUACAGAAGAAAAAUCAAUUUGUUGUUUUACUCGACCCUGAAAGGCAAUACAUAAGACGGGAGGGAGAAGUUCCUAUGGCUGAUUUCUUGUGGUAUUCUGCAGCAAGACCCUGCAGUAGAAACUGCUUUGAUCGUGCUGAAAUUGCCCGAGUCAUGAAUGCAGCUGGUCGGAGGCGAGAUGCCCUACCCCAGGACCUUCAAAAAGGACUUGAUCUUGGCUUGGUAUCUCCUGAAGUGCUACAAAAUUUCUUUGAUCUGGAGCAAUAUCCUAUUAUUUCAGAACUCACACAUCGGUUCCAGGGUUUCAGGGAGAGAUUAUUGGCAGAUCCAAAGUUCUUACAUAGAUUAGCUAUAGAAGAAGCUAUAUCAAUUACAACUACUCUCCUAGCACAGUAUGAGAGGCGUAAAGAGAAUUUCUUUGAAGAACUUGACUAUGUUAUUACGGAUACUGUCAGGGGAUCAGUUGUCGACUUUUUCACCGUAUGGCUUCCAGCUCCAACUCUGUCUUUCUUUUCAUUUGCUGAUCAGAUGGAUACAACUGAUAGCAUGGAAGCAUUUAAGGGUCUUCUUGGGUCCAUUCCUGAUAAUGCAUUUCAAAAGACUCUGGCUGGAAAGGAUUGGAAUUUGAGUCAUAGAGUUGCAUCGGUGCUUUUUGGUGGUUUAAAACUUGCCAGCGUUGGUUUUAUUUCAAGUAUUGGGACUGUGGCUGCGUCAAAUAUUUUGUACGCAGUACGCAGAUUACUGAACCCAGCAGUUGCUACAAAUCUAAAGAAUAAAAGAUUACCAAUAUUUAAAACUGCAGUUGUAUAUGGAUUCUUUCUUGGAACAUCGGCAAAUCUUCGUUAUCAGGUUAUUGCUGGAAUAGUGGAGCAUAGAAUUUCUGACCAAUUUGCUUCUCAAACAGUUCUUGUAAAUAUGCUAUCUUUUUUUGUUCGGACAAUCAACUCCUAUUGGGGAACCCAGCAAUGGGUCAAUCUUGCACGGUUUACAGGAUUGCAGACUCGGAAGAGCAAAACACCCUCUUUCCAAACUCCAGAUUCUCCAAAUCAUGCUGCACUAGAAUGUAAAACUUCAGAAGAAGCCAGUGUUGAUGAAAUGAAGAAUCAAUGAGGUGAUAAUUUCACUUCAUAUAGUUUGUAAAGUUCUGGCAUAAUCUGUAAUACGUGAAUUCCAAUCUAUAUGCUGUAUGUGUUUUUUUGUAGUCCCAAAGUGUAAAUUCUUCAAAGUAGUUCUUUUAAGUUUUAGCCAGCACACAUGGCGAUACACUAGAUUAAGCUAACCAGGAUAUUCACUUGGAGCUUAGAUUGGGAAUACUUGAUUAACAUAUUUUUUUGAGUUUAA